UGCAUCUUGGCCUUUUUAUUCUGCCUCCUCUCUACCCUCUCCCCACUCUUUGGACAAUGGAAAGUGGAUCGCCCUUCCUUGAUUGUCUCUUGCAACACACUCUCAGAACUAUAUGCUCAUUUCCCAAUUCUUCUACUUCUUCCAAGUGGGUCUAUGCUGUCUUCUGGAGGAUAGUACCAAGAAAUUUUCCCCCACCUAGGUGGGAGUUUGGAGGGACUGCUCUUGAUCGAUCCAAGGGAAAUAAAAGAAACUGGAUCCUUGUAUGGGAAGAUGGGUUCUGCGAUCUUAAUGAAUGCGAACAAGGGAGGAGUGGAUACUUGAACAACAGGUUUGGAGCUGAUGUAUUCUUCAAAAUGUCUCAUGAAGUUUACAGUUAUGGAGAGGGACUAUUGGGGAAAGUGGCAGCAGAUAAUAGUCACAAGUGGGUUUACAGUGACACUCCAAACGGGAGUGAAAAUAAUUACAUUGGUGCGUGGAAUGCUACAAUCGAUCAUCAACCAAGGACGUGGGAGUUUCAGUUAAAUUCAGGUAUUCAGACAAUUGCUGUCAUUGCUGUCAGAGAAGGCUUAGUACAACUGGGUUCAUUUAACAAGAUUGCUGAAGAUCUCAAUUUAGUGGUCAACAUACAAAGGAAGUUCAGCUACCUACACAGCAUACCAGGUGUAUUUUCCAUUCAAAGACCACAUCUACCCAUUCAACAUCAUCCAUGCAUUGUCAAAAACAAUCUCCAAAUGAUGGAAAGCAAUGAAAUGACUCUAUCUGCCUAUAAUACCAACCAAGUAACCAAAGUCUGUGAUGAAAGAUCAAGCUUUUUUUCCAUCAACUUGGGUAGGAAUCCACCACCACAGAAUGGAACAACAACAGUGACACCUCUUUGGUCAGCUCCACCUUCUUUGCCCAACAUGUCUUGCAGUCUUGGAGCUUUGCUAUCAAAGCUUCCAUCAGUAACUUCUUCCCACAAUCCCACUCAAGUUCAUGAAACCAAUAGGAGCAACAGCACAUGCCAAAAAGUGAAGAUUGAGGAAUGCAUAUUUCACAUUGCUGAUGAUGGAGAUCAGAACAAAAAGGUAGGGUGGUCCUAAACAAAUAAUGUAGAGUUCAAUCAUCAAUGAAAUCUUGAAUUGGGUCUGUGAGAAACUCUUUCGAAGAAUGACCAUAAACACCCUUCAUUUUAGUAG